AUGAAGUUCACCUCGAUUGCCUUGACGGCUGUCUCGGCGUCUAUCGUUCUCGCCCAACCCCACAACCAUGGGCAUCAACACGUCCACAAGCACAAAAGGGAUGUCACCGAAACCGCUUGGGCUCCCGGCCCAACUGCGUACAAGUAUGUCCUAAACGGCGAAGAGAUCUCUGCAGAGGAGGUCUGCGAAGGUCUUCAGGACAAUGAAUUGAAGUUCGUGGACGGUCAGGAUCCUGGUGUCUGCUCUUCCACCUGGAGCUCCAGUUCUGCUCCAUCCACCACUACUCAACCCACGACGACAAUCGCCGCUGCCACCAGCUCCGCCGCUGAAUCUUGGUCCAAACCUGCUGAGUUCUACCAAUCUCCUGGCUCUUCAGGAUGGGCCAGUCCAAGCGAGGCCGCCACUUCUUGGAGUUCACCUGCCCAAUCGUCCUCUACUCCUUCGUCGGGCACUGGCGCAACUGGCAUUGAUGCUGAUUUCCCCGAUGGCCAGCUUGACUGCAACACUUUCCCUUCCGCUUAUGGUGCGGUCCCCGUCAAUUACCUGGGAAUGAGUGGUUGGUCCGGUCUCCAAGCUGUUUCCAUUGCUGGAGGUUUGGUAAAUCAUAUCGUGACUGGAAUUUCUGGAGAUGGUUGCAAGGAAGGCUCUAUGUGCUCUUAUGCUUGCCCGCCAGGUAUGCAGAAGUCUCAGUGGCCCAGCACUCAGGGUGCCACAGGUCAGUCAGUUGGUGGAUUGUCGUGCUCGGGUGGAAAACUCCGUUUGACCAACCCGGGUCUUUCCACCAAGCUCUGUAUCCCAGGUGUUGGAGGUGUCCAGGCUACCAAUAAGGCCAGUGGUGUGGUUGCAAUCUGCCGAACUGACUAUCCUGGUACUGAAUCCGAGACCAUUCCAGUCGAGCUUCAACCUGGUCAAACCGAUCAGUUGACCGUCCCUGACGCUGCAACCUACUACGAAUGGCAAGGCAAAUCCACCUCUGCACAAUAUUACCUCAAUCCGAUCGGUACGUCCAAGGAAAAGGGCUGCCAAUGGGGUACUCCCGGUCAACCAUACGGAAACUAUGCACCUAUCAAUUUUGGUGUUGGUGCAAAGGACGGCAAGACCUGGUUGUCCAUCUUCCAGAACUCUCCUACAACCGACGCACAAUACCAAGGCACCGUUGAGAUCCAAGGCAACCUGUCCGGAACAUGCAAGUACUCAAACGGUCAAUACUGCGGCGUCACUGGAUGUAACAGCCAAGGCUGCACUGUCGCGGUUAUCUCAGGCACAGCCACCUAUGUCGUCUCUGACUAG